AGUAUAGAAGUACAAAAAAAGGAUGGGACUUGGGAGCAAAGGAAAAAUGGGAUCAAAUGAUAAAGAUGCGAGCAGAUACCACUCAACCUGAUGGAACUCGAACAAUGACAGAUGAGGAAAUUUGUGCAAAAGUUCUCAAAGUCAAAUCAGGCUACAUUAAGGGAUGUGGUUUUGUCCCUAGACCACCACCAUUAAGGUUCUCUCGUUCUUCGAUAAGUGAAAUGUCUGAAAAGAAUAAAGAGUUGCAAGAACAGCUUCAAGAGACCCAACAACUUGUAGGAACUCAACAACAGAAGAUCGAUGCGCAAAAUAAGGUAAUCCAAAGAUUGGAGGAGCAAGCCAAAAAGUUUGAGGAGUUUAUGGCUAAUUUUUCGAGGCAACAUCCAUCAGCUUAGUAUUCUUAGUGAACUUAAACUUGGAGAAAUGUUUCUUUGAUCGUGUUGCAUUUGUUAUUGCUUUAGACUAGCAUUGUUACUUA